UCGUGUGCGCGUCUCUCUCUCUCUCAGUGUGUGUCGGUUCUCCGCUCGGUUCUCCGGUGUGUAUGUGAGCUCGGUGUUCCGCUCAUCAUGUCCUCCGCGGGAGCUGCUUGCGGACCGGCACCGGGACCGAAUCACGGCGCCUCAAACCCGCGAAAGUUCAGCGAGAAGAUCGCGCUGCACACGCAGAGACAGGCGGAGGAGACGGCGGCGUUCCAGGAGGUCAUGAUGGACCUCAGCUCCACCCGGAUUCAGGCGCAGAAGGUCCGUUUGGCCCGAACUCAGGGCCCGUAUUAUGGUGGAUCUUUGCCCAACGUCAACCAGAUCGGCAGGAGUGCCUCGGACCUGCAGGGCUCGUUUCACUCUCCGCUGGACUCCAGUCGCUCCACACGGCAUCAUGGUCUGGUGGAGCGGGUUCACAGAGACCGGCGCUUCGUCUCUCCCAGCAGACCCUACAGGAGACAAGUAUCCUUCCCGUCUCAGUCUCUCCUGCAGGUUUAAGUGUGUCUCAGGGCUCCAGACUAACUAUUUUUACU